AUCAACCCGAUCUUUGGAAAGCUUCAGCCGACACGCCGACACAAAACUCUCUUUGGUUGGAUCAUUCAUUUAUUCCUUUUCUCUGGACAGCAAAGGUUGGACAGCUGUAAAAGUGGUACCACAUAGAAGACGUCCAGCAGGCUGAAGUAGGAUUGCUAUUGGCAGUGCAGUACUGUACUGUACUUGUGUGGGUAUCGUCAGGAAAAAAGAGAUCAGCAAUCAAGAAGAAGAAGAAGAAUGUUGGAACAUUCGGCAAGACGGAGAUCUUCGUGUCAAAGGCGGCCAUGGAUGGGGUUGGUGAUGAUGUUGGGACUCUUGGUCGUUGCGGCUUGUGAUUUUUGCCAUGGCUUUACUUCCACCUUUGGAAACCCAAGAAUAUCCAGAGUGGCGCUUCACGCCAAAAAGUCUUCUCCGGUGGACAAUCAGGGCAACCGGCGGAAACCUCGAUUUGCCCAACAAGUGCACAAACAAAACAAUCCACAACAACAGCAACAACCACAACAACAGCAACAAAGACCAUCACGUGUCCGCAAAGAAGCAGCUCCUCCUCAAGAGGUUUCAAGUAGUAGUACGAGCAGCAGCAGUAGAAGUAGUGUAGAACCACCCAGAAGAACCAAUGGCCAAAUAAGUAUGAACCGGCCAGUUUCUUCUGUGUCGCCCAAUGCGCCUUGGAAGUCUGGAAAAUCCAUGGAAGAGCUGGAAUCCAUCAUGACCAAACGAUGGGGGACUGACUCUUCUAGAUGGUCCUUUGACGAAAAUUACGACGACGACGAUUAUGAAGUGGUUGAGGAGAACGAUGAGGAGGAGGACAGUGAGGAGGAAACAACCACGACGGCCUCUGUGAAGCAACAACACGACAACGACAAUCAGGAUUUCUUUUUUCGGGCACCUACUGCCGAAGAAUUUUACGACCCCGACGAUGUAGGAUACGAACGAAUGGCCAAACCAAACAACAACAACAACAAUGGACGACCCGAUUUGAAUUUUGACAAUAUCGUGGCACCAAAACCCAUUGGUGGAAAAGGAACCAACAACAACAACUUGCAACAACAAGACAAUGAGGAAGGUGGAUUCUUUGUCACAAAAAAGUCUUCCUCCACCCCCAGCCGACAAGAGCAAACGAUUGUGGAACCACCCCGACCAGACCCACAACGUCGACAAAAGGCGCCCCUGAUUCCAUUUCUCAAGGAUCCAGAUGGAAAUCCCAUGUUGUUGACACUCCAACAAGCCAAGGCGAAUUUUGAUGCCAUGACGGCUUCUGCCAGCCAGGACGACUUGGAGGAUGACGACACCUCUACUAUGGAAACUGCCCAAUCAUGGCAAGAACUGGGAAUUACGUCUCCCACGCUCCUCAGCAAUCUACAACGCAUGCAGUGCAUUACUCCUUUAGCAGUCCAAGACAAGGCGUGUCCUGCUAUCAUCACCGGACAGGAUGUCUUGGUCGGCACAUACACGGGCAGUGGCAAAACACUGGCGUUUUUGGUACCACUCAUGGAACGAAUACUCAUGGCGGAUGACAAUGCAACUAAUAAAAAGGGCGUCCAAAUCAUGGUCGUGGUGCCGGGACGAGAAUUGGCCAGUCAAGUCGUCAGCGUGGCGCGCCAAUUGUUGGAAGGAACCGGACGAAAAGCCAUGUUGGCCAUUGGUGGAACUGGAUUUGGAAGGAAUUUACAGGAUAUCCGACAAAAGAAACCUUCCAUUAUUGUGGGAACGCCAGGGAGAAUGGCCGAGUUGAUUGUUGGAAAACCAGGUGAAAAAGGAGGAAGGUUGAAGGUUGCGGACCUCCAGUCGCUAGUCUUGGACGAAUUCGAUGCGUUGCUAUCCUACAAACCGCAUCGUGACCCAACUGCUGCCAUUGUGGCCGCCUUGAAACAACGCCAUAGAGAUGCUCUGCAAUCCAUUCUAUGUUCUGCCACCGCCACGGACAUGUUGGGGUCGCCACAGUUGGACAAAUAUCUUCGACCAGGAUUUGCUCAGGCCAUGGCAGAUCGUAAUGACAUUCUCGUAACAUCACCAACAACAACAACAGCAGCCAACGAUGCUUCAAAGAAAGACAACAUUCCACGAGUCAGUCGAACCGUCAUUCAUGGCGUUGUGCACGUCGAACAUCGCCGCUUUGCCUUGGAAACGCUCAGGAGAAUAGUCCACACCGAUCCCAUUCCACAACAAAUUCUUAUUUUUGCUGAAAAUGCAAGAAAGGUUAGCAUUGUCGUGGAAAAACUCGAGUCCAUGGGCAUUGUCGCGGCUCCCUUGUCGGGCGGACCCAAGAGUGAAAAGAUGGAUCGUGCCGAAGUAUCCAAGGCUUUGAGAGAAGGAUACGUCGGUAUUGUCGUAGCAACAGAAAUGGCUGCUCGUGGUCUGGAUGCGCCGUUGUUGACACAUGUGGUCAACUUGGAUCUACCCACAGAUUCGUCUCACUAUGCGCACCGCGCAGGACGUUGUGGUCGUGGAGGACGUCCAGGAGUUGUCAUCAACCUGACGACCAGUCCGCAAGAGCGCUUGGUGCCACAAAAGUUUGCCGAUCGAUUGGGUAUUACCAUGCAUUCUGUCGAAGCAAGAGGAGGAAAGCUGCAUAUCGUGGAAGAUGGUGUUCAGAAACAAUAAGCAAUAGACUUGGCUUUGGCUGGGAAAAGAUAAUAGCCAGCAGAUGCCGGCAAUUCGCGACACGAGUGCAACGAAUCCGUCUUCUUUGUCGAGUCAACAAUCAUCAAACCCCGCCAGGGAUAUCCGCUGACAAGGGCUGCAUUUACACCAACGAGAACACAAAACACAACCACACUUUGUACCAAAAUCUAUUACGUAGUACCAGUAGUCUCAAGGAGAAAUGCCUUUCUAGCUAGUUUGCU